AUGACCCAAUGUGGUUUCUGCCGCACCGUUGACCAGCCAGAAGCGCUCAGCCGCUUGCGCCGCAGGCCUUCACCUGCUACGAUCCUAACGGAUACCCAGAACCUGAUUUCUCUACCCUUUUCUUCCCCACCCGCCAGCCUCGACAGAUAUAGUAUGGACGAACCGUGUGCAAAAGCCAUGGAGAAUUUGCCUGGGAUGGAUGAGUAUGGUUCUUUCAUAACUGAGGGAGCGAACCUCGAUAAAUUUGGCGGUUUGUACGUACGUGUUCGAUACGACCAGCCGGGGAUUAAUCCAGCGACAUAUUGGUACUACAACGCCAAUGGUAGCACAUAUCAAAGCAACCCAGAUGGCAGCUCAACAUAUAAGUCUGCUGAUGGAACUAUUACCCACAAGAAUCGCACAGGAAAGAAAGUCGUAAUACCGUCGACCACUCACUCGAACACUCAUCCAGGGAGAAAUCACAGCUAUCCAUUGAGCGGUUUGAUUCUGUUUGGUUCGCCGAUGUUCAUGCUUUACCAUGGUCGUUUCUUGGUUACUGUCUCGAUAAACGUUUUCUUCUUUCUCUUUGUGUUUUCAUUAUGUGCUUUCUUCUCGCGCAGAGAUGUUACAAUCCUCUGGUAG